AUGGCGAAAAAGAAGAGAACUGUUGGCAUCUCCGGCGUGGCGGCAUUUCUAAACAGCGCCAGAACAGAGGAGGUGAAGGUGGAGUCUCAUCGAUUCAAACGACAGAAGAUUGAAUUUGCUCCAACCGCAGGCGCCGACAAGACUGAGUCUUCAGACUCAGAUGGCCCUGAGGAGGACUCCAUGCAUGCUCCUCCGCGGGGUGGUGUUGAGGUGGGGGGUAGUAGUGGAGGUAGUGACUCGGGCGCUGGAGCUGAUUCUGGCUGUGAAGCUCACUCUGAUUCUGGCUCCGGAGCUGACUCUGGCUCUGAAGCUGACUCUUCCUCUUCCUCUUCCUCUUCAUCUGAUUCAUCUUCUGACAGCGAGUCUAAGACUGAAGCUGCAACAGAAACAGAAGAUUCCACCAUCUAUCAUACGACUCUUCCCCCAGCUCUUCCUGAAGAGAUUGAAUCUGGUUCUGGUUCUGGUUCUGAAGCUGCCGAACCUGAGUACAUCAAAGAGCAUCCCCGUUCUGCAACUGCCGGUUACACCCGUCAUACACCCUACUGGCCCGACUACUCUACGCUUCCCAAGUCACUAUCCAACUACUACAACCAGCGACAUUUUUUGUUCUCCAAGUUCGACGAAGGAGUGCUCCUCAACAACGCCCAAUGGUUCAGUACGACCCCCGAACUGGUGGCCGAGCAGGUAGCCCAGCAUUUGUGGAGCCGGUUUCCUGAUCCCAAUCUCGUGGUGGUGGAUGCAUUUGGAGGCGCUGGCGGAAACGCCAUUCAGCUGGCCCAUUACUAUGACCACGUUAUUUGCAUCGACAUUGAGCCCGAAAGUAUCACGUGUGCAAAACAGAACGCUUGGGUCUAUGGUGUUUCGGAGAAGAUUCAGUUUGUGGUAGGAGACUGCCUGGAGGUUCUGGCUCGUCCCGAGUUCCAGUCCAUCACGGAUAUCAUUUUUGGAAGCCCGCCUUGGGGAGGGCCUAGCUACAAAUCACAUGGAGGGAAAUUUGAUCUGUUCGUCAUGGAGCCUCUGGAGUUGCGAACAAUCCAUGACGCGUUCUUCAAGGUCACAGACAAUGUGUGUUACUUCCUGCCAAAGAACAGUGACUUGGAACAACUCCAACACGUCUGUGGAGCCAUUACCGCGCUGGUGGAUGUCAAUACCGGCAAGAACCCCUUUGCUUCACUCUGGCCUGUGCAACAACAAUGGGCCAAAACGGUAUGUCGAGAAAAGCUGGGGCUGGAGGUAGCCCUGAAGCAGACUCGAGCGGGGGAUGAUGUCAAGGAGGAGGAUCUGGGAAAGAGUAACGAGGGAGUCACAUUGACUUACAACUACAUCAACGGGAGGUUGAAGGGAUGCAUGGUUUACUUGGGGGGACUUGCAUAG